AGUUGCUCGCUGGUCAUAUAAAAGAUAAGGCUAUAAACACCAGCGGAAGAGUUUCCGAAAGCAGUCGACAUUUGAACGUCUGCGUUUACACAACACGAAAUCGUAAGGCAAAGCUGAAAAAACGUGGAAACAUCAUGCUGAAAUCGUUGUUCAUCAUUGUCACAGUCCUGAUUGCCGCUGUGCUGGCAUCGCAGCAGCUGGAGGAGGGCCAACGGCAGCACCACAAGCGUCAGCAUGUGGCUCCGCAUGCUGGCCAUCUGGCGGAGCACAGCCAGCAUCGCAGCAUACAGGAUGCGGAUGCGGAUAAGGAGCAUGUGAAGCAUGGCCGCAUCAAUGUGCCCUUGGCGCCGCAUCAUUCCAAGUCGCAUCGCAAUGGCAGACGCCACAAGUCCUCCAAGAGCGGCAAAUCCUCAAAGAGCCAUCAGCAAAAGGCACAUCAUCACAAGAAGCAAGCGCACAAAACGCACGGACACGCUCGCCGGCACCACUAGAGGCCACUUUACAGCCUUAAGAAAUAUAUAAAAAAAAAAUCAAAAAAACUGGCUUUAAUCAAACCUAACUUAAAUUUUUGUAUAGUGUA